UGUACAUGGCGCCAAGUGUGAGAUUGUUAUGGAGUUUGCUCGGAGAGAACAGUGAUUACAUCUAUCAGGAUUAUAUUUACAGUGCAUUCCUGCGAAUAAAAGUGGAAUAUUUUGGUAGUUGUAGUUGUAAUGUAUGUUUAUGAGGGCGUUGAACAGCAUUAAAGCGUUAAGCGUGUUGUGUUUGUUGGGAAAUACAGUGUUAGAGAGACAGUGUGGAAAAGCGCCGGAGCUGAAGUGCGCCAUUUUAGCGGUUUAAGGCUGAGAGCUGUGUGUGUUUACUGUCAUGUGGAAUAAUGUUGAGCUGCUGCUCAGUGAGGACUCGAGCACCGUGCGGCUGUGCGGGGAGCAGGAGCCCGCCAGCGCCUUGUACCAGGUGGACACUCUGCUGAAAAUCUCCGCCUCGGAAAAGGUACCGUCUGACUCCAGGAUCUACGCCUUCAGUAAUGCGAAUUGCUGCGUCGUUGUGGCUGACAGCACCGUGGUCCUCUUUGACCCCAGUUUCCAGACCGUUCUGCAUCACCUGUAUUUCGAUACGUUAGUGGACGCCGUGAGUGUCUGUCCUCAGGGACAGUUCUUGUUCGUCGGUGAGAGAAACGGCAGUCUUCAUAUUAUAUACAUCCCUCUGAAGAAGACCAUCCUGAGUAAAAAUCUACAGCAGCAUCCAUCAAAUGGUCACGAAACAACCUACAAGAGCCUCAUACUUCACGAAGCACAGAGCUCUCCAGGAUUAUACCAUCUUUUUGUCAUUGUUCGCUAUGGAUUCUUGCACGUGUCCAAUCUUGCACUGGAGAAGACGCAGAAAGCGAUUGAAAAUAUGGACCUCAGUGCCUUAAAUGAGAUCCAAGCUAACAUUCACAUGGACUUCUGCUCCACUAAAGAGAUCAGUAAAGAGGGCUGUAUCUCAGCAGCGCUGGCCGGCUUCGGCAGCGAGGUCCACCUCAUGAUCGGGGCUCAUGGUGAAACUAGUAUUUCGCAAUGGCGCCUGGAGCUUGAUCAGAGGACGCUGUCGCUGGGCAACGUCCUGGACUCAACCUUAAUGCCAGGUGUGAGGAAGAUUCAAGUGAUGGACAAUUUGAUGUACGUGCUGAAUGAAGAGGACAUGCUGAGUUUGUGGGACACUCGCUCGCUGGUCAUGCUGUGUUGCUGGCCUGAUCUCCACAUCCUCGACUUCCUCCUGAUCACAGAAGGAGACUCGGCAUCCAUUGGGACACAAGAGGGCACCAGCAUGAAGAUCAUGACUUUGACUGCAGCCGAGAACAAGCCUCAUCUGAGGAAGCUUCUGGUUCAGUCCCUUCCUACCAUGGAGGUUCUUUACUCACUCGAGGUCUCGGGUGUGUCAUCACUGGUACAGAAUGCCAUUAGUAUGGAUGUCCUGUAUUUGCUGGAAGGCGUUUCAGAUAACUCAACAAGCAGUGCUGAGGGAUCAGCCUUGGGUUUAGUCCUGAGAUGCUUCACAGAGGCUCUUCCAGAGAACAGGUUGAAUAGACUUCUCUACAAACACAAGUUUGAAGAAGCUGAGAAGUUUGCGAUAGCCUUUGAGCUUGAUGUUGAGCUGGUGUAUAAGGUGAAGUUGGACUUUGUGAUGGAAAAGUUGGCUUUAGUAUCACUCAAUGAUCACGGUCAUGAAGUGGGGACGAAGCUUGUUGAGGAAGCCAAAACGAACCUGAUGAAGAUUAUGGACGAGCAGUACGUGGUGCAGUACUGCCUCAACGCUUUCUGGCCCACACUCGCUACAGCUGAAGAGAUGCUGAACUACGCCGCCAAUCGCUUCCCAUCGUCCCACAUCCAGUCAGCUCUGGCCAAACUCGCCACCUUCUGCGGCCUCUACGGUUCAGACAAGUUUAAUGGUGUGUCCUGGAUCGAGUUCCUGAACAGCAGAGAUUACCUGAAAGAGAUACUCGCACUUCUGAGAGAAGGGAACCUCAGCAGGGCGCAGUACCUGUGGCUCCGACAUGAGGCUGAGUUUGUGGGAGAGUUUAAUGAGAAAUCCAUGCAGGUGUUGUUGAGCUCCAUCCCGUCAGACAUCCCGUCUCAGGAGCUCUGUAUCUGGUUAAAGGGUGUGGUGGUGCCCUUCAUGUGGAGAGUGCUGCCUAAAGGACAGAGAAUCCUGGCUAAAUGGCUGGAGCUGCGAGCAAGAGAUCUGGAGUUAACAGAGAAGAAUGGCUGGCCUCAGAAUGGACUGAUGCUCGCUGAACUCGGCCUGCCAUCCUUCUGGAUGUCCACAAAUCUGGUUGAGGACUAUAACACAGAGGAGGUGGAGCAUCUUAAGUCACUGGUGGCAAACCUACGCCACCUCUGUGACCUCUACACCAAAUACAACUGCCGUCUCUCACUGUCCGACUUCGAGAUGGGAAGUACCCGUAGCAUGGCGUUUCUGAUGCUGGAUAAAGUGCUCGCGCCGGAGCUGAUCGCAGGUGUGGUUGAGAGCAGCGUGAGACCGUACGCUCUGGAGCACAGACUGGACAUCGAUCGCAUCCUCUUAGAUUACAUUAAGGACUUGCUGGAUUGCUGCAGUUCUCAGAUCACGUCUCUGUUCACUGAGUGGGAAGCCAAAGCAGUGGCUCUGGUUCACUGUAUGACUGACACUAAUCUGGUGAUGGACGCUGUCCUCGAGAUCAUGUACAAGGCUGUGGUUCCCUGGAAUGACACAAUAGAGAAGCUUGUUCAACAGCAUCUGGGAAAAGAGCACCCCAAACAGGAGCUUUUAAAAGAGAGUUAUCGUUUAAUGGAGAUGAAGAAACUUCUGCGGUGUUACGGAAUUCGCAACUUAACGCUCUCUAACUCCAGAGAGACAAUGAUGCUUGUAAGACAUAUUCUGAAACAGGACCUGGCCACUUCACUGGAAGAUUCUCUUAAACUCGCUGAAACCUAUAAGCUCAACUCAUCUGAAAUCUACUACAUCUACUGCAUUCAGCGUUUGGAAAAGAAUGAGAGGGACAGGUGUAUAGCCGGGCUGAAAAAGCUGCCGCCUGCAGAGGCAGAACUCGUAAUUGAGCGACUGGCCAGCUGGGCGAGACUCCAACUGCAGAACAAGGAGCAGUUCCCUGAGCUUAAGAAACUACAGAUGCAAGUCGCCCAGACGAUGGUAGAGGCACUGAAGUAUCUGCAGAGCAUUCAGAGAGAUGAUGCCCUAAAGAGAAUGGGGUGUGAGAACAACUUAAAAAUGUUCACAGCCAUUGCUCACUUGCAGGAGGACUUUGACAUCUUCCUGACCCCUGAGGAGUAUGAUGAUCCAGCAGUGAGGAGGCAGUUCAAUCAGCAGCUCAUCACUGCGUACGAGAACACGCGAGCGUGGCGUCAUUCGAGGAAGAAACACCCGGACAAGGCUAACGCUAAAGAGCCAGACAGCAAGGCCAAAGCGGCAGUCGCUAAUGACCCCGAUGGCAAAACAAGAACGCUGUCCACUGAGGCUGGACUUCAUCGUCUGGCCAGACACCUUGAGAGGACUGAGCAGGAGCUGUGGGCAGACCUGGCAGAUCGGGCUUUAGAAGCUGGGAAUGUAGAGAAAGCCCUUAAAAUCCUCAGCGAGCUCUACCAGCACCAUCCUAACUCAAGCACAGGCCGAGUGCUGUUCAGCACGGCACAGCGUCUCUGUCAGAUGCUGGAGGACAACGUCCCUAUGGUGCUGCCCGAAAGAGUGAAUCUCCCAGCUCUCAUCCACAAACUGGCCUGUCAGGCCAUCACCAUCUGCCACGCCGAUCUGCUGCUUGACUGUUUGGAAUUGUGUAAAAGCACCAGAGACGCUGCCGACGUGUACCGCCAGUGUCAGAUUGAUGACUACGGCUUUGUUGUAAAGGAUGCUGUACUGAGUGGUGAGGAAGACGCCUACACGGAGACCAGCGUUCAGGACGUGUUUAAUGAGGACGGCAUCGUGCUGGACCCGGUCUCAGUGCUCCCAGUGCAGUAUAAGAUCACCACCAGUCUUCUGCCGCUCGCAGAUUCAACAUUUUAUCCUCUGGGUUGCUCGUGCUUGUCAUAUUGUGCUCUACAGGAAGACACUGACUAUGUUCGGCCGUUGUUGGGCCCCAUGGCCACCAUGCUGCAGAGUCUGCAGGAGUGCAGUCAGCUGGAACUGGCCCUGAGGCUGCUGCUGGAGUCAUACGGCAGCAUUUUACAGCACUUCGUCUCCAACAACAUGGACCUCAGUUUGAGCAUGAAACUUCAUAGUAACAGUCGGUUAGCCCGAGAUAAGCAGACUCUGGAGGCGAUCGAGAAGACGGCUCUCUCUUCUAUCAACAUGGUUGUGGUGUCUUUAUUACAUAAGGUCCUGAACUGGCGGGUGGUGGACUGUGACUUGGCCAUUGGCCUUUGCACUGUUCUGGGCAAAUCUGACGUUCUGGACAUUCUGUGGAAAAUAAUUACCAAUGCUUGGCAAAACUAUGACAAGAUCAUGGCUGUGGCGAUGGUCGGAGCCCAUUUCUGCACGCUUUAUAACGACCAGCAAGAGAAGAAGAACUUCCUGUCUGUCAUCACAGAUGCAGAGUGGGGUAUUAAGCUUGGAAAAUUUGGGGUUUCUAUUCAGUCUGUGUUUAGACAGUGUUCGGAGAGCAAGAGGAAUCUGAUUCCUGUACUUGUAAAGAACAGAAACAUGACUGCUGAGAUCUUACAAGAUUACUGCAGAACGUACGGGCUGGACAGUGACUCUGCGCUUAAUCUCUACAUCACCACGCUGCUGCUGCAGGAGAAAGCAGAUCAUAAGCACUGUGAAGUCGGAGCCGGGGAUUCGGGACUGGCCGAAGGGGACGAGGGUGCAGAAGUAGGGAAUGAGGAUGUAUUGGAACACGUUCUACGGAUCGUUCCUCAGCUGAGCUCCACUGCAGACCUGGUCAUCAGUCUGCACACAGCACUCACGAAGCUGAGUCCGUACAACUAUGAGCGAAUUGAGAGGGUCCUGAAAACCAUUCAGACUGCAGAUGAAAGCACUACUGUUUUACCGCUCAACCAGAUGAUGGGAUUGCUCCAGCACCUGAAGUCCCACAGGCGGACUUCUCCUCCCACUGACGUGGAGAGCACGUACCUUCUGGAGAACUCUCUGGAGUCGAAUCCUCUCGCCAACACUCGCUUGCCUUUCCACCUCCUCCUCCAGACUCACCUCUACUUCUGGAAGAUGAUUUCUCCUGAGCUGAAUGAGGAGACGUUACCCACCCUGCUGCUCAUAUCCAAACUCAUGAAGGUUAACCUGGAUAAGCUUUACAUCCUGACAGUGAACCAUGUGUUCAAGAACAAGCUGAUGCCUUUGCUGCUGGACCAGACGAAGCGCUCGCAGGCUCACGGCCCCAGCAGAGACACAAACGCUGUGAUUCAGAACAUAUUUAAACACGCUCUCUGCAUUCAGAACCUGGAACUGGCUGCAGCGACCAUGCACAAAAUCGCUCAGGAUCUUCCUGCAGGGACAGAGAAAACCAUGUUUUUGAAAUUCAGCUUGGAUCUCGUACACAAAUUGCUGAAGUCUGAUACUCUACAGGAGGAGCUACGGACGAGGGGAGAGAUGUUCACCUCGAAGCUGCAGCUGCAGUACCAGCGGUCAGCCACGGAGAACGCUCUCAUGACCUUUCAGCUGGACUGCCCCGAGCUGCUGAAACUCACAGGACUGCCCGGCCGUCUCAUUGUGGCUCUGUUCGAGCACAGCUCAGUGGUGGAGCGCAUGAAGAGUCCUGCUGGACAGACCUACCCUGACAUUCACGCAGUGGCUAAAGAGAUUGCAUCCAUUAACGGUGUUGACCUUCUCAAGAUCCGUAAUAUCCUCCUAGAGAAGUGGCUUUGCAAAACAGGGCAGACAAAUGGCAAGGACGUCCAGUACCAGGACUCUGUGACUGAUCUUACUGAGGAUCCUGAUCUCAUGAGAGUGGUGUAUUUGCUGCAGCUGCACCCUAUGGAUAUGAGGGCACGUCUCCUCAGUCCCAUCCUGAGUGCAGAGAAAUGGCUGUUGGGAGGAUCAGGUCUCAGACUGACCUUUGAGCACCGCAGCCGUGCUCUGCUCUGCCUCAUUCACGUUGCAGACUCGGCCACGCUGGAGGCUCUGUCUCACACACCCAGAGAUAAAGUCAAGUACUACCUGAAGUGCUACGUGUACCUCUCUCAACUGGAGGCCCUCAACAUUCCCUACAACCUGGAAAGGUUUCUCAGUAGCCCUAAAGAGGGAAUGAUUAAGGGCUUAUGGAAGAACCACAGCAACGAACCUCAGGCUGUGCGUCUAGUAGCAGAUUUGUGUUUGGAGUACGAGGUGUACGAUACACAGCUAUGGAGCGGCGUGUUACAGAAACUACUGGUGUUUAAUAUGAUCAGCUACUUGCAGAAGAUUCUGGAAACUCUCCGAGCAGUGCCCAGCCUUUUAGAGGUUCCAAGUUUCUCCAGAACCUGGCGCAGUGUGAUUCUAGCCCCUUUUAUGACGGCAUCUCUUCCUCUGAGUCCACAUCAACAAGCCACUUUCUAUAAGACAUUUGUUCUUCUGCUAAAAUGUCCAUUUCUGUUGAAUCUGGAUCUCAUUGGCAUUGCCAAGCGCUUUGCCCAGUUUAACUUGAUGGCCUAUUCUCUCGGCACGCUCCUACUCAUCCCCUGCUCCAAAAAGAGGGAACAACAAAUCCAGACCUUGCUGUUGUCCUGUAAUCCAACGGUCAUCCUGGAUCAGCUGGUGGAAAGUAUGAGCACGGGAGAACUAGCAGGCUUUCCUUCUCAGAUCAGGGACACCGUGCUGACGUUCCUCUUUAAAAACGGCCGCUACCAGUGCUUGAUGAAAAGCGAGCACUUUCGGCCCCUCAUGAAGCACUUGGUCUUAAAGGCUCAGUCUGAUCAGGUGGAGGAGAUGGUUAACUACCUGAACAAUAACAACAGGAGGGAAGAGGCCAUAGGUCUCGCUCAGGAAUACAUGAGAUACACUGAGCUGAAAGGGGGAGAAAGGAGCGCAGAGAGCCCUGUUUGUUCUGACCCCAUUAAGGAAUUUUUGGCACAAACAGUGGAAUCCCGGGGUUGACACCAGUCACUGUAACUUAUCUAAUAUGAAAGCCAAACAAUAUAUUUGCACUUUUUAUAUAGAAAAGACUGUUAUAUAAAUGUAUGUUGGUCUGAUCCUGUUUGCAUUGUAUUCCCACAUCAGUAUAAAUAUCAAUGAAAAGUA